CCACACAAGAUUAGGGACCGACAAAACGACGGGUCGUUUAAUACAGUGAAAGGGCAGGUCGUAAGAGGGGUUUAAGAACUCGCAACAAAACCCCUGAAUCUGAGAGAAUCUCUUCCUUCAAUUUUAACACUGAAUCCACCUGCUAACAUUCUUUUGAUUACCAUGUUCUCUCGCUCUCUCGCUUCUCGAAAUCUCAAUUUCUUGUUCCAUAGACGCAGAGUGAUUGCAUAUGAGUCCACAACUCCUCCAUUUCAAGCCCUUUACUCCACUUACAUUGUCGAUGAUAAACCAAUUCUUGUAAGAGACUUCAUCCAUUCUGCAUUAUACCAUCCAAAACACGGCUACUUCUCUCAAAGAUCGAAGUCAGUUGGAGUUCUAGAGAAAAGCAUUAAGUUCAAUCAGCUUGAAGGCAGAAAAGCUUAUAUGAACCACUUGGAUAAAGUCUACAAGCAAAGUGACACAUCAUGGUUUACUCCAGUGGAGCUUUUUAAGCCUUGGUAUGCCCAUGGUAUUGCUGAAGCCAUAUUGCGAACAGCUAACCUUUCAGUUCCACUAAAAGUAAGCUCCAUCUUUCUUGGUGAAACAUUUGACAUAUCAAAUAUAGUUCGUAUAUAUCAUUAUUUAUGUGAUAAUUUGCUCAUAUUUCUGGUUUUUCAUCACAACUUACCUUGACAUUAUUCUCUUGUGUCAAGGAGAAAGUUUAUUUAUCACUUUGGUGACCUAAAUGGCAUGGAUGAUUUGGUGAAAUUGAAAUUUUAUCAGGAAGUGAUCAGUGCAUUUGUGUUGAAGUGCUG